AUGCUGAAGCCUGCCGAGGCCGUUCUGUACACCGGAGCCAUCAAUGAGGUGGUAACCGACUUCAUAAACUCACUGGAUGUCUUGAGGAAAGAGACUCCCUCUGGAGACAUGGUGAAUGACAUCUCCAAUGUCUUCUAUCGAUUUGCAUUUGAAGGAAUUUCCUACAUUUUAUUUGAGACACGAAUUGGCUGUCUAGAGAAGAAAAUUCCCCCGGAGUCUCAAAAAUUUAUCGAUUCCAUUGGAGCCAUGUUGAAAUACUCGAUAUAUGUGAGCAUUCUUCCAGCCUGGACCCAUAAUAAGCUCCCUUAUUACAGAUUGUACCUAGAGAACUGGGACAACAUUUUUAAUUUUGGAAUCAAGUUGAUUGAGCAGAAGAUGGAGAAGAUACAAGCUCGCUUGGACCGUGGGGAGGAGGUACAGGGGGAGUACCUCACUUAUCUGCUGUCCAGUGGAAAACUGACCAAACAGGAGGUGAACGGCAGUGUGUGCGAGCUGCUUUUGGCUGGAGUGGACACGACAUCUAAUACCCUCUCCUGGGCACUGUACCACCUUGCCAGGGACCCAGAGAUCCAAAAAUCCCUUUAUCAGGAGGUGAACAAUAUUGUCCCGGGUGACAGCAUACCCACCGCCGAAGAUAUCGCCAAGAUGCCACUGCUGAAAGCUGUGAUUAAGGAAGCACUCCGGCUGUACCCAGUAGUACCGACUAAUUCCAGAGUGACUGUUGAGAAGGACAUAACCCUCGGGGGCUACUGGUUUCCAAAAGAUACACUGUUUGCGUUAAAUCACUACCAGAUCUCUCGAGAUGAGGACAACUUUCCAGAGGCUAACAAAUUCCUCCCCAAGCGCUGGCUGCGAGAUAACAAGGUGAAGAAUAACCCCUUCAGCUCCAUCCCAUUCGGGUACGGAGUCCGAGCUUGUGUGGGUCGCAGGAUCGCAGAACUGGAAAUGCAUCUGGCUGUAUCACGGAUAAUUCAGAAGUAUGAGCUCAGACCUGACCCUGAAGGUGUGGAAGGUUUCUGCUAUGUCCAGGGUUGUUCUUACCCCAAAUCGUCCCGAUUAACCUCCAGUUUCUGA